AUGAUACACUUCGUCACCUCGCCGAGCGGAGCAGAGCAGAGCGGAGCCACAGACGCGCUUUCUGCCGGCUCCGUCUUCUGCCCGGACCCGGAGGCCGGCGACCAAAACGCAGAUCACAUGACUGCUCUGCUCUCCACCUGCAACCGUGGAAGGAAAUCGAGUCUCUGUGUGUGUUUGUCUCUUCUUCUUCGUACAGAUUGUCUCGGCCUUCGCUUCACCUGGCUCCACUCGCUCUUCGAUAAUUUCCCCUCGCUGGUGAGCUUUGCUCUGAAGCUCCGCUGUGCGACGGGGCUUUGCCCACGCGACCUGGAAGAUUACGGCUGCUCCUGCAGAUACGUGGCUGCCGGAGACCCCGUGGAUGCUCUGGACAUAUGCUGUGAGACUCACCGGCUGUGUUAUCAGAACGCUGCCCCCUGCAGGCCGGAGAUGCCGCUCCUCCCCAACAACUUCACCUGUUCAGCAGCCAACAGCAGCUGUGAUGCCGGUGAUUGGUGUCAGCAGACGUUUUGUGAAUGUAACCAGGCCGCCAUCGACUGCGUGGCUCAGAGCUCCUACAACUCAACACUGCGAGACCUCGCUGCGUCGUCCUGCUCUGUUACAAAUCAGACAGAUGUGUUCGGCAGCACCGAGGAGCUCAGCGAGGCCUUCAGCGGAGCGGAUGUUCUCUCAGCUUUAAACGACUCUGUGAUCCAACAGCUCUCCAACUCUUCCUUCCUGUCAGCAGAGAUGGACCCGCUAAUGAUCAGCGGGCUGGAUAACCAGAGUGACACCGCGUGGUUGGACGGCGACCUCGUCGCCCCACCGCCAGGCCUGCCCCCCCCGCUGACGUCUGCAGAGGAGGUUGAGGAAGGUGAAGGUGAAGUUGAAGCCGAGGAGGUAGAAGAGGAGGAAACAACGAGUUUCACCUCUAAAGAUUUGAACGAGGCAGUGGCAGCAGAGGAAGCACUCGAGCGGGAAGAGAUAAAUACGGAUCAGACGACCCACGAUCCUCCAGCAGUCAGCCGCGAGGAGUUUGAGGAGGGUGAAGGUGGAGCAGCUGAAGGUGGAGCAGGUGAAGGUGGAGCAGCUGAAGGUGGAGCAGGUGAAGGUGGAGCAGCUGAAGGUUCAGUCAUCGUCACAACUCCAUCGCUGACAUCAGCAAAACCACAAAUCAGUCCGUCUGAGAAAAUAAAGUCAUCUGAAGAAGAGGAAGAAGAGGAUGAUGAUGAUGAUGAUGAUGAUGAUGAUGAUGAUGAUGAUGAUGAUGAUGAUGGUGAUGAUGGUGAUGAAGGGGAGCAGGAAGCCUCAGAUGAACAUGUCAGAGACAUGCUCACGACUGUGUUAACAACCACUACCGCCAAAACAACAACAACAUCACGGACUGUAACCACAGACAAGUCCAACGAGGGGAGAGGAAGCUCGACGCCGUUUACAGAGAAAACAUCAGCUUCUCAAACAGCCACUACCACGGGCCCAGAAACGAUUACCAGGGUGACAGAAAGAUCUUCGACAAGAAGCUCGCCACCAGAGAGCGACCCAGGGAGAACCGCCGCCGUCUCACCCACAACUCCUGAUUCAUGGGAGGAAGACUUGAGAGCGCACACACCUGUUGCUGUUCCUCUCAGUCCCCCGAGCCAAGGAGAGGCCACUCAACAACCCACAACCUCAUCAUCCACUUCAAUGAGAAGCGUCUCUCGGACAACACGAGGAAGCCGAGUCACCUCCGUCAAACCGAGACCAGAGACCAACGCCUCCACCCGAACCACGACGGUAACCUUGCAGGUGACGGCUGACUCUGAAUCUGAGGAGGAGCGGCAGGAGAAGUCGGAAACAGCAGAAGAAGCCCCGUGUGAGGAGGAAGAGCUGGCAGCAAGCUCGCAGGAGAAAGACACAGAUGACUGGGAUGUGGCUCAGAAGAGGACGGUGCCGUUCUUUGCCUGGUCCCUGCUGGAGUCCGUUGGGUUGACUGACAUUCAACUUCAGCCAGACAACAAAGAAUGCAGUCGCUCCUUCACCCUGUACGGCAGCGACGGGCGAGCCAGACGGGAGAUGCCAGCUCUGGGUGAGAUGCUCCACUGCCUGACGGGCCGAUGUCCACACGAGUACGAGAUGUACGGCUGCUACUGCGGACAGGAGGGCGGCGGUCACCCUCAGGACCAGCUGGACAGGUGUUGCUUCUUCCAUCACUGCUGCCUGAAGCAGAUCAGCUCCAUGGGCUGCAGGUCAGACAGGAAGCUCAAUGCUCAGAUCUCCUGCGAGGACGGGAAACCACGAUGUCACGGCGUCAGCGUAUGCGACAAGCUGCAGUGUGUGUGUGAUAAAACGACUGCAGAGUGUAUGGCAGCAGCUCGCUUUAACCACAGCCUGCCGCCGCAGCAGUGCCACGGCCCCGGACCUCCCUGUCGCCGGGCCAGCAGACCCCCCAAACCACAGCUUUCCCCUCAGUCCAGCGAGGAGAGCGAGGAGAGCGAGGAGCAGGGAGGGAACUCUGACACGAUUAUUAUGCAUGAUCAGAAACCUGCCGGCACGCCAACGGAUACAAACACACCGCCGCCACGCCAAGUUCAAAACAGUGAUGAAAGCUCUGACCUGAAGGACGAAGAGAAGUCAAAGAAUCCUCCGACUGGCAGCUCCACACAUUCUCCUCUUCCUCCUCCUCCUCAUCAUCCAUCAUCAUCCCACAACCACAGGCCGAGCGCAGGGCAGAGCCAAGGGCACCGUCCAGCAGGGAGACCAGGAGAGAGACCAGGAGAGACCGGGGUGAAAGAGGAGGAGGAGGAGGAAGAGGAGGAGGGAGGAGGAGAAGAGGAGGAAGAGUAGAAAGAGGAGGAGGAGAGAAACUAGAAGCGAAUGUUUUGUUUAAAGAUGAUUGAAUUUAUGAAAUAAACUAUGAAUAAAAGCA